AUGUGUGUGAGGUGGAAGCCGCUUGUGUUGCUCCAGAGAAAAAGGCUUCGUGUUCUGAUGGCACGUUUCCCUCUCAUUUGCACAACUAUUCUUUCAAAUGCAUCACUGAGUACACUGAACAACCAGAACAACCCAGUGCCCAAUAUACGCUGUCCUGCAAAGACGAAGAGUCCAGACGUGUGGCACGGCAUGCGGAAACGUCAUGGUCGGCAUCCAGCGCGGAAAUCUGCACUGAACAAUGCGUCCGAGGAUGUCAAUGUAAAUCGGGAUUCUAUCGUAACGAUGAAAAUGUCUGCGUUUCUAACUGCUCUGUUCCGAAUCUGA